AUGGCCGCGGCGCGAUUGGGCAAGGCCUCGCUUCGUCUUGCGGGCGCAUGCGGGAGCCUCGCCGUCGCUUGCGCAAGUUAUCUCACGAAUUCGGAGGCCUCUUCAGGUAUUCCCGUCCAGCACCUAACUUCCACGCCGGGCGACUCACUUCCGCCCAGAGCAGCUGCCGUGCUGCUGGACGGCAGGCGUCACGGCUUCAGCAGUCUGGCAGACCUGCGCUCACUGUGCGACCGCAUCGACAUUGAUGGCUGGGUCCGCAGGGUGCCUCAGGCUGUGGGACUUCGGUGCUCUAGGGUUUGA